AACUGUAAUUAACUGCAACAUGUACAUUUUCCUUUGGGAAACCUCCGCAGGCAAAGCCGUUGGUCCGCGUCUCUGUCUCCCCCUCCAACCCCACUGCACAUUUUUCUUUCAUUCCUCUUCCUUCCAUCUCUUUUACAAUUUUUUUUCGGUCCAACACAUUUUUCUAAUUACUUCAUUUACGCGUAAACAGAAAACGAAAAAAAAAAAAAAGAAAACCCAAACCAAAACUCUUUGCUAGCUCAGCUCUGCGAGUUUUCACUAUUCACACCACAUUUCGCCGAUUCGAUCAUCUUCCCCCACUGAUCGAUCGGUCUUCCUCCCUAAAAAAGCACACAUUUUGAGCUUUCGUAUGAAAUUCGAGUUGGGUUUUGUUAAGAUUUGAAUUUUAGAUCAACAGGGAGAAUUACGAUGUCGAAUUUGGCGAGUAAUUUCAAUCAGAAGAUCGACUACGUGUUUAAGGUGGUGCUGAUCGGAGACUCGGCGGUGGGUAAGUCUCAGCUCUUGGCUCGCUUUGCUCGGAACGAGUUCAGCUUGGAGUCCAAGUCAACCAUUGGGGUUGAGUUCCAGACUAAGACCCUCGUGAUCGACCACAAAACCAUCAAGGCCCAGAUUUGGGACACUGCCGGCCAAGAAAGAUACAGGGCGGUGACAAGUGCAUACUAUAGAGGUUCGGUGGGGGCAAUGCUGGUCUAUGACAUAACCAAGCCUCAAUCAUUUGAACAUGUAACCAAGUGGUUAGAGGAAUUGAGGGGGCAUGCCGACAACAAUAUUGUUGUGAUGCUUGUAGGUAACAAGUCCGACCUGGGGACACUGCGAGCUGUACCUUCUGAGGAUGCUAAAGAGUUUGCCCAAAGGGAGAACCUCUUCUUUAUGGAGGCAUCAGCACUUGAGGCUACUAAUGUUGAAUCUGCAUUCGUUACAGUCCUAACAGAAAUUUAUAGAAUUGUUGGCAAGAAGUCCCUCAUUCCCAAUGAGGAAGCAGAGUCUGGGAGUUCCUCACUUCUCAAGGGAACAAAACUUGUCGUUCCUGGACAAGAGCCCGAGCCUCAAGCAAGUAGCUGUUGCUGGUCUUCAUAGAAUUGUGGCCUUUUCCUCCUGCAACGUGGAUUUCUGCUGUUUAUACUUCCAGAGACGAAUCUUAUACAGCUCGUGGUAGAGUGGGCGAUUAGGUUUACCCUCUUGUAAAAAGCGGUUGGCCGACGGACUGCACAGAAUUCUCAGACUCAAAACAUACCAGUAAUAUGAUACAAUUGACACAUGUACUUGCCUGUAGUAUGUUCAUACAUUUUUUUUCUUCUGAUUUUUACCAGCAUUUGGUGGCUGGAAUAGUGAAGGUUCCUUUCAAUUACACUGAAGAACACUCACCUACACACGUGAAACUAGACGGAGAGCAGUGUGGCGUGUGAGUAAAUGAGCUUGAGUUUGGUUGUGGAACAAUGCUGCACUUAAGUACUUUUUUGAGGUUUAUUUUUUAUAAACGUAGCUUUUUCUA